AUGCUCUCGGCUUCGCGGCCAGACGCUAAACAGCGAUCCCAACUGCAUGGGAGGUUGUCAGAGGUGUGUGCCCAGGCAGCCAACCUCCUGCAGUGUGCGGACGUACUUCUGCUAUUCACAGGAGCUGGGUUUUCUGCUGACAGUGGUCUGGCAGUUUACGACGACGUUGCAAAGGUGAAGGCAUAUGCAGAGCGGGAGUUGGACUACAUGGAUCUUUGUGAUCCGAAGCUGGUCCACCAAGAGCCUCCACUCUUCUGGGGCUUCUGGGGCCAGUGCUUCAACGAUUACAGGAAGACUGCUCCCAACAAGGGCUAUGAAAUCAUCCGCAACUGGGUCGAGAAGCGUUUUCGACACUCGGAAGUUGCCACACGCAUCAGGUCGAGGCUUGCUUCCUCACAAGCGCCAGAACGCAGCUAUGUGUCUUUCGACGAUGUGUCGGCUGAGCCAUAUCUCAUUACCAGCUAUGCUGGUGCGUUUUACAUCUUCACUUCCAACGUUGACGCCCACCACUAUGACUGGUUUCUGCCGAAUGAAAUAAGGGAGUGUCAUGGUAACACUGAGUUAUAUCAAUGCUCCUUUGGUCGGGCGCGGUGUGGGCCAGGCAUUUGGAGAGCCCCAUUGGACUUUGGGUUCAACGUAGACACAUCGCGUAUGCUGGCAUUUGCCGAUGAGCCCCCGGUACGAGGUGAAUCUUCUGCAAACGCUGGGCUUACAGCAGCAGCUGUGCCGCACGUAGGCUCUGUCCAUGGAUCUUGCCGCACUACAACACUUCGCCACAUGCCGGAGUCGCUGACGCCCGCGCACCUGGUAGAGCGAGGCUUUGUCGGCAAUCACCCGCGAUGCAUUCGAUGCAGGGGUCCGGCGAGACCGGCAAUUCUAAUGUUCGGUGAGUGGGGUGACCGAGACUGGCUGGAUUCGCAGGAUCAGGCCAACCGCUGGACUGCCUACUUGCAAGCGCUUGGAGAGGAAGCAGCGGAGGCAAAAGGCCUUCGAUGUGUUCUUUUGGAAAUCGGUGCUGGCGGCAGAGUGCCAACCGUCCGCGAAACAUCUGAGCAAAUCCUUGAGAUCCUGCUUGAUGGUGGAGCUGAUGCUACCAUGAUUCGUAUAAAUCCGGACUAUCCGCUCCCUGACAAUGAGAUUUUCUGUGAGGGCAACCUUUUUGCCGGGAAGAUUAUAAGUGUCCUGGGAUCCGGCCUUCACUGCCUGAACAUGAUUGAUGCACUGAUGUAG